UCGAUCGUUAUACUUAGGUCAUAAAAUUUGUUCAAAAUCAAUAAAAUAAAAUCAAAUAGUCAUACCUAUUCAGUUAGGCAAUAUCUUAGUUAUGAUUAUUCAUACGAAAUGUUCCUUAUUUAUUUUUAUUUUAUACACAAUAGUCAGUGCUAAAGAUUCCAGUGAUUCAGAUUCAGACGACGAAAUAAACCAGGCUUUGCUUUUGGUCGAUAUACUGAGAUCAGAUUAUGCCAAAGUUAUGUUACGCGACGUUCCGGCUCAGGACCUGUCUACAUGUCCUUUGACCACGAAAAAUUCUUCAUCCAUUGUGUCCACUACGCCAUCGCCGUCCCCAAACUUAACAACGAUAGUGCUAAACGAUUCCACUACCGCGCCAAUUCCCCCGCACAUUGAGUCUUCGUCACCGGCGUCCAAACUUCCAAUAUUGCCUACAAAGCAGAUCACGCGGUCCCAUGGGCCAUUCACUACGAUUUCGCCUACUUCUGUGGAUGUGAACAUUUAUCCAAGAGACUACCCGUCUUACGAAAAUAUCAAGAAAAGAAGGCAAUUUGGGAAAUAUCGCAGACGCAUAAUGCCGAUGGAAUAUUACUACUACUAUGAUAUACCGGUCAGACCUGAAUAUUUCAGAGUACCUAGGACAUUCCGCCCACAUCGUAACAUAAACUAUAACAAUGAGCAAAAUCGAAGAAUGAUGAACAUCGACAAUGGCGUUAAUUUAACUAAACGCUCCUCCAGUCCUCGCCCAUCAGUUUCCUUUACGAAAGCAAAUCGUACAAGCGCCUCUAAACAAAAGUCAACAAAACCUUCCUCACGGCUAAUAAGUACACAAAAGAAAGUUGCAAAAAAUACAACUACUUUCACAUCUGAGGUGAUCACAGAAAACGUAGUCAUGCCGCAAAUUGCUAGAGAGCUGUUUAAUGAACUGAAAGGGGGAGGUCUAACCAUGGAACAUCCCAAAACCACCAAGCGAAAUUUAAGAACACGAAUAACCAAAACGGGGAAAUCAAUGAAGUUUUCAGAUUUUGUCAAAAGGUAUGCAGACGAAUUAAAGCAUAGAACUACUAUAAAAAUUUAUUUGGAUCACAGCACACGUCUACCUUUCCCGUUACCUGAAAAUAAUGCUUAUUGUUUUAUGAAUCCUAAAAGUGCACUAUGUCGAUCUAAUAUAUAAUAAAAUCGUUGAAAAAUUA